AUGGGCCUCAACUCCCAUUCAUUCUGCGGCGGCAUUCGCAAUACCUUAAUAUUAUAUACUUUAUCACUUACCCCUGCGAUGCGAUCGCGGCUGCUGACUGUUGAGGAGAUACGCAAGAGGCGAACGCGCAUUUGUCUCCCUACCAUGCUCCACAUUGUUCCCUAUCAGUCAUACAUAAGACUUCUCCUCGUCGUUCUCAGCGCUUUCGCAUACGGUUCGACGUUCAGUCCAAAGCAUGGAGAUACCAAGGCAAAUCCAAUAUUGAAAUCAAUUCCCCGUUGGGAUGCGCCGUUUCCUCGAAAACGAGAAUGGCUAAUCGUUUGGGCGGGUGUAUACGUUCUACCUCUGUUGAAGAUGGCCUACUACAUAGCAGCGGCAUGCGACUGCCUCUCAGUCCUAUGUUCCCAAUACCCUGCCUUCCAAGAACUCGCACGUCAUAUUUCCCCCACUGUCGCCACCAAAUAUGUUGUUACCGUAUCAUAUGAUUCAUAUCCCGCGCCCAUCCUCUCACUUCUCGCGCUCGCCACGGCGAUAUUCGGAGGUUUGCUCCGUGUAUCAUGCUAUCAGAUGUUCCGAGGGAAAUUCAGCUGGGAAUUAGGUCCAACGAAAAACCCGGGUCUCAUCACCAGUGGUCCUUACGGGUUCGUUCGACAUCCUUCCUACAGUGCGGUUUGGAUAUGUUAUUUCGGGUUAUUGAGCUAUCACGUGCUUCUGCCUGGUUCUUGGGUCCGAGGGAGCGGUAUUUUGAACCUUUCGGUGGCGAGAGCGCUAAUCGCCUUUUGGUUCUUUGCGUUGGGCGGUGAGCUGUUCCUCGUGACGAUGAGGGUUGGAGAGGAAGACGAGUUGAUGCGCAAACAGUUUGGGAAAGAGUGGGAGAUAUGGAGGCAGAGGGUCAGGUUUAGGUUAAUUCCUGGCCUGUAUUGA